GCUCCAUAUCUGAAAAAUUCCGGGUUCCAUCGGAGAGCUUAGCCAUGGUUGUCAAAACGAAACAAGAUCAGAUAACAGUUGGUGUUGCAGUUGAAGCCCUGUGGAAAGCUAUGGCUUUGGAUGCAGUUAUUGUCAUACCAAAGAUAAUGUCUAAUAUAGUCCGCAGUAUUGAUGUGAUUGAAGGAGAUGGUGGCCUUGGUUCCGUUCUGCUCUUCAACCUUGCCACUUAUAGUGUAGAGUCCAAUCGAGUACAGACGGAAAAGAUUGUGGAACUUGAUGAAUCUCAGUAUCGAUAUGCUUUACAAGUCGUGAAAGGCCCGGCGCUAACACUGCGCAAUUUUUCGGCAUUGACAUCAUUUUUCCAACUGAGGAAAAUGGGAGAGCAGGAGACAUUGGUUGAUAUGAAAGUGGAAUACGAGACUGAAAAAGAAGAAGCUAAUAGCGGCGAGAUGCAAUGCAGCCUGUAACUUCUUACAUUCAACUUCUGGAGAAAUAUUUGUUAGAAUCUUAAUUACAAUGUUAUCAUUAUUGUGUUUUGCCAAUUAAUCCCAAUUAAUUGUGCUAGUGGUGAUCUCUUGAGAAGUCCUCAUGUUACAUCCUCUCCUUUUCUUAAAAAAAAAAAAAAAAAAAUUGUGUUAGCAAUAAGGUUUUAAUUUUGGACGAUGAAAAAUAAUAGACAGUGGAAGUUUCUUGAA